AUGAAUUUUUCAGGAUGCAUUGAAGGUCAGGUAUUAAUAAAGGACGAAUGCUUGGAGAAGGUUGAACCGGGAGAUCUAUGCAUUGACGACAAGCAAUGUCUGGGCGGAUCGAAGUGCGAUGAAGGUGUUUGCGAAUGUCCCAAAGGACAGCACAUCCAGCGAGGAAAAUGUGUCGAAAACGUUACAAAGCCUGCCGCAAAAUGUCCAAUUCCCGGGCAAUCGCCGUAUUACGAGCGAGGAUCCACAAAGCAUUUUAUUCCUUUACGCUACUAAUG